AUGAGUGACACACACACACACACACACACACACACACACACAUGUCCUAGCUUGUCGUGUUGUUUCCUCAUCAGUCUCAUCAUGGACGUCCGGUGGGUCUGCAGCACUUUGAGUCUGCUGAUAUCUGUGAUAGGAGCGGCGCUCGGCUCCGUGGACGACGGCUGGUACACGAAGGUGCAGGCGGAGGUCCGGGUGGUUGAGGGCUACCCGGUGGUGCUGCCCUGCACCUUCAGCCACCCGCAGCACUCCCAGCAUGCAUCGUUGCAGGUGCUGUGGCGUCUGGGCCACGGUCAGGGCGCCACCGUCCUGUACCGCUGCACCAGCGGGUCGGGGUCUCCGACCUGCGACCCGGGGCCGCAGCAGGACCGGCGUUACCGGCUGGAGGGGAACCCGAGGGAGCACGACGUCUCGCUGAGGAUCAGCGGCGCCGCCCUGCAGGACAGCGGACGCUACUUCUGCCGGGUCGAGGUCCAGGGACGAGACCACAUCAGCUUUGAGGACAAGAUGGGGACACGGCUCAGAGUUGAGGCUCCUCCUAGGAUCCUUGCUCUGUCGGUGGAGGGCAGUGAGGAGUCCGGGUUCAGAGCUCUGUGUCGGGUCCAGGGUUCCCCACUUCCGGAUGUCCAGUGGCUCGGCCCUGACGACCUUCUGGAGGGUUCCCUGAUCGGUUCCCCGGUGGGUUCCUCAGUGGGUUCCUCGGCGGUUCACUUCCAAACCGUCAGCCAGCUGAGGGACGUGGAACCGGGUCGGCGCUACAUCUGCAGCGCCUCCAACCCGCUGGGCAAAGAGCAGGCGGCGCUGUAUGUCCUGCAGCCCCGGCCCCCGCUGCAUGUGGGCGGGGCCUCGCCUCCUCUCCUGCUCCUCCUGUCCUUGUCUCUGGGGGCCAAGCUCCUCCUCCUGGUGGGGGUCGGGCUGUGGAUGGUGCAGGGAGGAGCUCUGCAGGGAGUCGGCUGCUGGUGGAAGUAA